AUGAUAGGCGGUCAAGAGUAUGUCACCUCUAAAAGCUUCAGGUAUGGAUGGUUUCCAGGAGGAAAGAUUAAUUGUGGUAGAUGGGAAUUUGCGAAUGAAGGGUUCCAAGGAGGAAAGAAGCACUUGCUGAAAGGCAUUAAGAGAAAAAGUAAAUAUAAUUCAACAUAUAAUAUUGGAUUGGAAGCUGAGAUUGGGGUUUUGAAGAAAAAUCAGAGUGAACUGCAGAUAGAAGUUAUGAAACUGAGAAAAAAGAAUGAAGAAUCAAAAGAUAAAUUGAGUGAUUAUGAAGAUCGGAUUCGGUUCACCGAAUGUAGGCAACAACAAAUAUUCAUUUUCUUAGCUAAGUUAGUGAAAUUCCCCAGUCUGUUUCAGCAAUUGAUUCAGAACAAGCAGCAGCAGCAGAAGGAGCUUGAUGAGGGGGGAUUUAGUAGCAAGAAGAGGAAGUUGCUUGAGACACAAGUUACAAACAGCUUGCCUGAUCCUAUGGAGACUGACCAAAGUGUCGGAAACAGUGCGGCUAAGCCGAUGGGGACUGACCGAGGUGUCCCAAAGAACGUGGCUAGGCCAACGGGGACUGACCAAAGUGUGGCAAAGAAUGUGGCAAAGCCGAUGGGGACUGACCAAAGUAUCGCAAAGAAUGUGACUGAGCCAAUGGGGACUGACCAAAGUGUCGCAAAGAAUGUGGCUAAGCCAAUGGAGACUGACCAAAGUGUCACAAAGAACUUGCCUGAGCCUAAGGAGACUGACCAAAAGGUCACAAAGAGGUUGUCUGAGCCUAUGGAGAUUGAUCAUAGUAUCACAAAGAGCUUGCCUGAAUCUAAGGAGACUGACCAAAGUGUUAUCAACUGUAUAAACCAAAUUUAUCAGGAGGGAUUGGAAUCAAUGCAAUCUAAUAAUUUCACAAAGUUUUUGCAUGAUCGUCUGGAGAAAGAGCUUGGAACUUGUAUGGUGGAUCAAAAGAACAUCACUGCAGCAGAAACGUCUUCUGUUUAUCAUGUUAUGGCUGAAAAUCUACUAGGGGGAAGUUCAUGUGUAGAAAAUGCAACAAUUGAAGAAGGGUUAUCAGUGAAUGUUUCCGAGAUCUAUCUUGAGUUGGAGGAUUUGAUCAAUUGGAAGCCCUCUAGCUUGAUUGGAUUUGCCAGUGAUCUGCCGGUGGAGCAAACCGGCUCUCUCUGACUCAU